AUGUGGACGCCGUUGCUCUCGGCCGGCCUGGUGGUCUCGGUGACCUGGUGCUCCUUGAGAUGCAUCUCAGCGCGAAAGAAUGUAUCCUACCUUCCGGGCAUGAUAUCGGUCGUUGCGCCUACGUGUGCGCUUGGCGGGCUCCUCCCUAAGACCUUUUGGGACCCAAGAAUCGAUUGGCACUGGAAGUGGAGGUAUACCAGUACUAAAAAUGCGGCGCUCGCAGACUACAAGUACUACAAAUCGCAAACGAUCUUUUGCAUCUCGCUCGUCUCGGGGCCGACGCACGUACACCUCGUCUCUGCAUGUCGCAAAGCAGAUCCUGAGCGGGAAGCCGGAGGUGUGCAAACCAUACGAGACGAACGCCGUGCUGAGGUGGGCUUCUGCUCACGUGCGCUCUGGGGCGGUAAUAUUGUGUCAUCGGAGCACGAGGUUGACAAACGCCACAGGAGGAUUGCAGGACCCGCGUUCACGGGAUCCACAUAUGCCCUGGUCGUGGAAGAGACCUGCAAAGUUACCACGAGAUGGUCGAAGGCGAACAAUGGGCCAAGACCAAGUACAGACGUUCGCGCCAUCGACCAUGUAACCGGGAAGUUUGCUCUGGGAAUUAUAUCCCGCUGCGGGUUCGGCCUCCCGUUCCCAUGGUCAGACCCUUCUUCCUCAGAAGGCGGCGGAAGUGAUGGAGAAAAGCUUGCCACUCCCCGGUGGGUCUUGUCCCUCCCACUCAAUAAACUUCGAAGUAUUGAGGAGGCGUUCGUGCGGUCGUUCAUAGCAACUAAGAAGGCGGAGCUGGGAGCGCUCGCGGGGUACCAGAAGCCGAAGCAGGAUUUACUCAUGCGCUUGAUGGCGGCGAGCGAGGCGGAGGGGAAAAAUGGGCUGAGUGACCAGGAGCUGCUACGCUUGGCGCUGCUAUCGGUUUCCCAAGACGAGCAAGACAAAGCUGGCAAGCACAUUAUGGACGUGCUCGGCCCAGAUCGCGACCCGGUUGGACGGGGUCCUGGCGUAUUUCGCGGAAGCCUGGCGCAUGGUCAAAACGUCUCCGCCGUUGUAUUCCGCACCGGCAGCGUUCACUACGCGGGACAGAUAGAGACGGUCGUGCUGUCCAUGCCGGAGGAGGAUGGCGGGGGCGAUCUCGCCAUCGGCCCCGGCGUGCGGCUCGUCGUCGAUUUCGUCGGUUGGCUGUGCUUCUUGGCUUUGUUCUUGCGUGACUGGAGGGUGGAUCCGGUGCUGAGGGAGGAGACGGCGGAGGCGUGGAGGGGUUCACGGGACUGGCAUUUAGGGUCAGUGAGGUGCCCCUACGGAUUACCAGGAGGGGGAAGGUGCAAGUUCGAGAAGGACCGGGGAAACGAUUGGCCAAAGGCCGAUGAGGCGAAGAUUUCAAGGAUUGACAACGAUGGCGAGCCUAGAUCAAAUCCAGUAACUCAGGAUCGGCUCUCCAGAGAGACCGAUGAAAUUUCGAAGAUGAUCGCGCAAAUGUGGUCCGUAGGAUGA